AUGGAAUUUUCAGUGACCCGACACGCCGACACAGCGCAAGAACUUCAAGAACUGGCGGGCUGGACCCCUCCUGGUACUAGAACCGCGGGCCACAAGGAACACACCGAAACUGAAAAUUUGGGAUCAAACGGUGAUAAUGGAAAUGGCGAAGAGGGCGAAAAAGGAAAAGAGAAGAAACCUACAGACGAAGGCGGAGCAGGCAGUGGUGAAGAGGAACCCCGACUUGAAAGCCCAUGA